AUGCUCGCCAGCCACCGGCUACCAACCUCCAGGGUCAUCCGACUCAAUCAUGCGCGGAAAUUCUCCUUACUUUCCACGCAUACUUCUUUCCCAGCAACGAUGUAUCGGUUCCAACUUCACCGGAACGCGACAUUAUACGACGCGAGCCAAGAGGAAACCCGCCAUCGGAAGGACGGCAUCAAGGUGUCAGAAGAUGGCCUAGUUCAUGCGAUGAUCUCGAAAUCAAGCCCCUACUCCAACGGGCCCAUCUUCAUGCCCAAUUCUCGUCUUAUGCAACAAAUUCUGCAAUUUGAUUUCUCACAUUAUCAAGAAGGUGUCGAUGACGGCAAACCUAUGCUUGAUCCUACUGUGAUCUGUAUCCAGAAAGGUACUAUUAUUCCACCCGCGCUGGUUUUAUGGAGAGAAGGCCUUUCGCGCUUUUCCUUACAGCCUUCAAAGCCCAUCGAAGUUGAAACUCUCAACAACGUUCUUACCGAGUUCUAUGAGAAGUCUGCAACAGUUGUUGGCGCAGAGGAGUGGAUCCAAAAGCAUCCAUAUCGGGAGAGCUUUGCAGACCAAAACGAGCAAGGAUGGAUGGAGGCAUAG